GGCCUCCCGCGGACCACUCGGGGCGGCGGCGCUCCAGGAUUGGGCUGGUGGAGGGCCCGCCCGGAAGUGUCGAGAGGGCCGCCCCGGAAGUGCCGGGACUUCCGGCCCGCGGGCGGCGGUGGCAGCGAUUGCGCUGCUAGCGCUCACCUGCAGACUCGAGUCCCGCGUCCGAGGGGAACACGCGGGAGUCUGGCCGGCCGCCCCUCCGGCCGCGGACCCGACGCCCCAGUGCGGCCCGGUCUUUCCCACGGCCUCCCGGGAUUUAUGGAGCCGCCGUGACCACGUGCACCCCUGGUAGCUGUGGUGUAGCCCCCAGCCGACCCUCGGCCCGCCUUUCUGAACAGAUGGGGAAACUGCGGACGACUGGAAAUACGCACUUGGGGCAGGCUUCCUCUGCCACCCGGGUGCCCGGGACGUUUCCUGGUCCCAGCUCUUGCACAGUCAAGAAGUAACCUAGCAAGAAAUAUCAGCCCUGGGAGCCGAGGGAGGGAGAAUCACUGUCUCCAACUCCUACCCAGGAACGCACCAUUAAAAUCUCAACUAUAGGAACCCUUUAUCCCACGAGAGGGUUAAGUCCAGGCCAGAGGCACGAACAAGGUGUCUAUUCUGAAGGGAAGAAUUCUGUAAGGAUGGACCCCCACCAGCCGGUUGCCAGCUUACGGAAGGGGAGUACAUCGCAGGUUUCUGAGCGCGAGAAAACCUCUCGGUAUGUGAACCAGGUUCAAAGGCGGGAGGACAGGCCCACGGAAGGGAGACGGUACGCCUGCAGUGAAUGCGGGAAGAAGUUUGCCCAGAGCUCAGGCCUCGUCCGACAUCGGAGAGUCCACACCGGCGAGAAGCCCUACGAGUGUGGUCACUGCGGAAAAGCCUUCAGCGUGCGCUCCACCCUCACUGUGCAUGAGAGAAUCCACACUGGCGAGAAGCCCUAUACCUGUAAUGAGUGUACGAAAGGCUUCAGCGUGAGGGCACAUCUGAUCAUACAUCAGAGAAUUCACAAUGGGGAGAAACCGUAUGAAUGUAAUGAGUGUGGCAAAGCAUUUAGCGUGAGCUCAGACCUUAUCAAACAUCAGAGAAUCCACUCUGGUGAAAAGCCCUAUGAGUGCGACGAGUGUGGGAAAGCCUUCAGCGUGAGCUCCGCCCUCAUCAAACAUCAGAGAAUCCACACGGGAGAGAAGCCGUAUGAGUGCAAGGAGUGUGGGAAGGCCUUCUAUGUGAACUCCGCCCUAAUUAACCACCAGAGGAUUCACUCUGGAGAAAAGCCGUACGCGUGUGGAGAAUGCAGGAAAGCCUUCAGCCAGAUCUCAACCCUAAUUCAUCACCAGAGAAUCCAUACUGGAGAGAAACCGUACGAGUGUGAUGCGUGUGGGAAAGCUUUCCGUGGGAGUUCUAAUCUUACUAAGCACCAGAAAAUACACGCCAAAGGAAAGUGUCAUCAUUGAUUUAUGUGGCGAAGAUAUUCCAAAGGCCUUUUUUUUUGUAUCAGGAGUUAACACUAAGAGAAGGGCAUGGAAGAAGUUGAUGUCUUAAUUGGUACUUGGUCCUUUAGAAUAUUGAAGAAGUGAGAAGUCCGUGCAAAGUGCUCCAGAAUGACUAGUUAAAGCGCUGAAAUCACGUCGACUUCCGAGAAUGCGCUUUCACAACUCACAAGGAUGGAGGUUUGCAGACAGACUCCUCUGGGCGGAGAAUACUCUGAGACCAGCACUGAAGUGAUGCCAUACCCCACCCCAAACCAGCACAACUGAAUCCUAAGCAGUAAGUGGUAUUCUGUGGAACAAAUCGUCUUACCCGAGGAGUCCAGCUUGUUUGCCCCUCAUGGGGCAGAGCCACCCUCCCACACUGGACUCCAAGGCACAGCCACCGUGUGCAGUCUCUGUGUUGCAGUCAAGGAUGACAGGGCUUGUAGGCAUCCUCGUGCUGCAGGCCACACCUCCACCUGGAGGCCUGGUAUUGGGGACCUUGCCAAGCAACUCUGCCAAGACUCUCUCACUGGGGUAGAGGAAACUUGAGCACACUUUUCCCCCGCUCUAACUCUGUAUUCGGUACUUUUCCACUCCCGGCUCUCCCCCGCCCCCCUUCCUCCUGGCCGCCAGGAGUGCUCUCUUGGCAGUGAGACAGUCCCCGCAGCCGUGCUGAUCCUCCUGCCCCUUGCCUGACGCUGUCAGAUGAGUAAGAAUGGAACACUGCAGGUGCCAGCACUUUCUCGUGUUGAGCGUCUCGUUAAUGCCGUAGCAGGGAUUCAAGGCUUAGCUGUUACUUGUUUUUUUUUUAAUGUUUAUUUAUUAAUUUUGAGAGAGAGAGAACACAGGAGGGGCAGGGAGAGGGAGAGAGAGAAAGAAUCCCAAGCAGGCUCCUCUCUCUCAGCACAGAACCUGAUGCGGGGCUCGAACCUAUGAACCGUGAGAUCGUGACCUGAGCCAAAACCAAGAGUUGGACGCUCAACCGGCUGAGCCACCCAGGUGCACCUCUGACUUUAAUUUUUUCUUUUUUAAUUUUUUUUUUUUUUAACGUUUAUUUAUUUUUGGGACAGACAGAGACAGAGCAUGAACGGGGGAGGGGCAGAGAGAGAGGGAGACACAGAAUCGGAAGCAGGUUCCAGGCUCUGAGCCAUCAGCCCAGAGCCUGACGUGGGGCUUGAACUCACGGACCAUGAGAUCGUGACCUGAGCUGAAGUUGGACGCUCAACCGACAGAGCCACCCAGGCGCCCCUGAUUUUUGUCUGUGUUAACUGACCACCAACACCUGGCAGCUGGUGCACGAAAUGGUAUGAGAGUGUACAAGUGGACUUAGUGUCAUUAUGAUCAACUAGACUUUUGUUAUGUAACCAGCACCUCCCCCCACCCCCAGCUACCACCCCAAAUCUGUUGCUUACGGUGCGGGACUUAGUCUCGCUUAUGUUCUGUGUCAGCUGUGGCUCACGUGCAGAUCUGCACACGUUCUCUCCACUCCAGGACCCAGGCUUGAGGAGUAAAAGAAAAACGGUGGUGGGAAGACACAGUG